AUGUCCCUUUAUAGUGCAAUAUCUGGUAAAAUGCGUCCUUAAAUUUUGAAGACACCUUGCCUGCAUAGAAUCGAACAACACGAGACGUCAUGUUGAUAGCCCUGGCUCGGUCGCAUCAGAAUUUGAGGCGUCUUUGCGAAGAAUUCGAAACAAUAGGAAGGCUUAUGAGUCCUUGCAGGAAGAAGCUAGUCUUGCACUUGCGCGACAGUUGCUUUUGGAGGCCGGUGUGGAUGAGGAUUCACUCGAUAGCAACGUAUCGGUAAAUUUCCAGUCUAGUGUGAGUUCCCUUUUAGGAAGAGAAGGAGAACUUUCGUCUUACCAGUGCAUCACCAGGACUACUUGCUAGUAGCUCUACUAGCUUCUGCGCCAGCAAAUCCGCAGUUCGUCAUGUUUCUGCCCAUAGAACCUUGCGUAAUAAGAAGCCUCACAAUCCAUUGUCCCGCCAGAAAACCAAGGAACUAACGGCUUUCUUUCGUCCAACGCGUUCUACAUCCAAAUGCAGCGAGGUUUCAAACAUCCCCUCUAGCUGCCCAACUGCUUAUGGACCGGGCGAUUCACUCUCGGAUACUACGGAACGAUGCUAUUCAGGUCGGCCUCACGGUUUCUUAUCACAUUCGUUGUCUGCAGAGAUGUCCACCAAAGCUUAUAGUGUCAACAAAGACGCUUUUCUUUUGUGA